AUGGGGGUGUUUUUUAGCCGGUUAUUCUCGUACUUUGGUGAUCGCGAGGCGCGAAUAUUGGUGUUGGGUUUAGACAACGCCGGAAAGACGACGAUUUUGUACCGGCUGCAAGUGGGAACGGUGGUGAGCACGAUUCCGACGAUCGGGUUUAACGUCGAAACCGUGACGCACAAGAACGUCAAGUUUCAGGUGUGGGAUCUCGGCGGGCAGACGUCCAUACGGCCGUAUUGGCGGUGUUACUACCCGAAUACUCAAGCCAUCAUUUACGUCGUCGAUAGCUCUGACGUCGAGCGCGUGGGGACGUCUCGAGAGGAGUUCCACGCCCUUCUAGAGGAAGAAGAGUUGAAGGAUGCGAUCCUUCUCGUCUUCGCGAAUAAGCAGGAUCUUCCGGGCGCGCUUUCCGACGCUGAAGUCACGGAACAGCUCGGUUUGAGUUCCAUCAAAAACCGCACGUGGUCCAUCUUCAAGUGCAGCGCACUCGAGGGCAAGGGCUUAUUCGAAGGUCUCGACUGGCUCGCCGACGCG